AAUGAGUAAUGCAAAGUAUUUACAUAUCAAUACCUUUAGAUCUGAUGGUGAGAAUUAAAAAUUUAUUAUGGGUGAUGAACCUUUGAGAUUUCAAAAUUAUGUUGCUGGAUAGGAUGAACAACAAGGUAUAAAUAUAUUCAAAUCUUAGUCCCAUAAUAAGAUCAAAAUUUAGAAUACUACAAUGAAUAUCUAAGACUUUAUAUAGCUAAUGUUGUUUUAACAAAUUAAGUAUUAUAUAGAAUUUAUAUUAGUUAAAAGAACUUUUGAAUGAAAAGAAUGAACUAGUCAAUAAAUUAAAUAAAUUAGAAGUAAUUUUUAAUAUCACCAAAAUUCAAGCGUCGAAAUUAAGAGCUCAAUUCAAAUGUUGAAGAAACUGGAGAAGAAAGAAAGAAAAGAUUAAGAAGACCUGCAUAAGAAAUUGAAAGACAUUUUACAUGUCCUAUAGAAAAUUGCUAAAAGAAAUAUGGGUAAAUGUUCAUAAUAAGUGUUUUUUUUAGAGCUGAAGGGUCUCUCAAUUAACAUAUCAAACUUAAACAUCCAGAAUUAGUGAAAGAUAGAACAUUUUAUAAAUCAAAUGAAUAAUCUCAAUAAUAAGGAGAGCCUGAAUCAUUAUCAGAUCUAAAACAAGAAUAAAAUUAAUGAC